AUGGACAAGGAAUCGAAAAUACAGAAACAUAAAACUGCUAAAUUUAAGAUGCAUCAAAAUAAAUUACCAAGGAAAAUACAGAAAGCGGUAAAUGUACUCAGUGAGCAAGGAAAUCCAGAUUGCCAGAAGCUUCAUGGUGUUCGUCGUUUCUCCGGUAGACUUUUCACUACUGAUUCUGUUCUCUGCCAAUUUCUGCCCCCCCUAAACACUUAA